ACCCCUUUGGAUAUUUUAAUUAGGGUUUUAGCAACAAAGAACAUUAAUCAGCGGCGAUGAUUCAAGCCACAGUUAAGCUAUCAAGAUCGGCCAUUGCCUUGUCUCGGACCUCCCGAGUGGGACACAUUGCCAGAACUUCAUCACAGCCGUUGAGAUUCCUCCACGAUGGAAUGAAAGGUCCUAGUGCCAACCCAGUUGCUGUUCAGAUGAUCAAUUACGCCCUAUCACAUGCCAGAUCCCAGAAAUCAGAUGCAUCAUAUGCUCAAGGCAUGCUGAUAUUGGAGCAGUGUCUUUCUACUCAGGCAAGUGAAACUGAAGGUCAAUUUGCUCAAAAUUCUGUUGGAACGGUGUUACUUGCAAUGUCUACUUUGUUGUAUGAAAGAGGAAGUUUUGAAGAAGCAAUUGAAAAGCUCCAUAGAGUUCAGGAUUUAAAGCGAUCUUCCUUGGGUGUUAGAGUUGCUGCUAUGGAAGCUCUUGUUGGUCUCUAUUUGCAGUUGGGCCAGGAUGAUACUUCAUCAGUGCUCUCAGAAAAAUGCUUAGAACUUUUGGAUAAAGAUGAUUUAAGUAAUGGUGGGAGCAUAGACUCUGUGGUUGCUCGUGCCAAAGCAGUGAAGGGGCUAGUUGAGCUUGUCAGUGGUAACCUCGAGUCAGCCGAAUCAUUUUUUAAAGGUCUCCAAGAUAAUAAUGAUUGGAAUGGCAGUGUUGCUUUGUCAUAUGGAGAAUUUCUGCAUGCUACACAAAACUUUUCUCUGUCCAAAGAAUUAUACCAAAAGAUUAUUGAAGGGUUGCCUAAAAAUGAAGAUUUUGGUGACAUAAAUGCAUUAGCAGUUUGCAAUAUGGCUUCAGAUGAAGUUUUAGUUGCUGCAACCUUCGCCUUGGGGCAACUUGAGUCACACAUGGGGAAAUUUGGUGCUGCAGAGGAGAUAUUGACAAAGGCACUAACUAAAACAGAAGAAUACUUUGGCUCUAAUCAUCCCAAGGUUGGUGUUGUCUUAACCUGUAUAGCUCUCAUGUAUCGAAACAAAGCAAGACAAGAGCGUUCAAGCUCUCUUCUAAUUCAAGAGGGACUUUACAGAAGGGCAAUAGAGUUUCUGAAAGCUCCACCAUUGGAGUCUAAAGGUGCAGAGACAAAACCUGAUAGAAGGGAUAUUUUAGCCCUUGCAAGAGGUGGGUAUGCAGAAGUACUUUGUGUUCAACAGAACAGGAAGACUGAAGGAGAGAAAAUGAAAACAUGGGCAGAAGCUGCAUGGAGUAACAGUCGUAUGUCACUAGCCGAUGCAUUGGACUUCUCAGUGCCUUCUAAUAAGGUGCCAGUUAUAGAUGCUCGAAUUGGCCGAGUGCUGUAGAUCAUUUUGUUCUUGUUUGAUUAUGGCAGUUGAAUAUGCUUUGUUUAUGCAUCGAAAAAGAAAUAUGAUAAUUUUCUCUGAGCCUCUGAAACAAUAAUUCACCUCCUCCACAUACUGCGAAAGGAAGUUAAAUCAUCCUGCCAUUUCUUCAUCUGGUUAGGUUAAUUUGUUAGGAAAUCCUUCCUUGGCAAUAAGUUCUAUUCAGCAGAUUGUAGAUGAUGCAGUGUGCAAAACAAGCAUCUGUAGACGGCUGUACCUAAAUCUAAUGCGAGAGACCCUGUGCUGCAGGGUAUGUAACAUUGUUGACAGUUUUAUAAUUUAAAAAAAUAGAUUGUACAGACCUCGUCCGUCUCAGAGUUGGUGAGACGGAGUAGUUUAGCCUCAUUGAUCUAGCCUGAGAUCAGUUUAUAUUUUCAAUGUCAUUUGGGGGCAUCAUAUUACGAAUUCCAUGUUGUUCGAGGUUGAACAGGAGGAAAAUGAAAUACUUAUAUGAUCGUCAAAGUGUAAUGAAAUACUUCAUAUAAUCGUCAAAGUGUAACUGAGUUAAGUUAUGGA